GAAAUAGCUUGGUCUGUCAGUUUAACUUGAAGAAGACAGAGAUGAAGAUGCAUCUUCUCUUGUGUCUCUUGGUGUCAUUCUGCUGCAGCCUGAGCUCGGCUCAGGAUUCAGACGUUUCAAAACCUGCAGCCUCUGAUAAGGACUCUUCCUCUGCUGGAGAGUUGGAGUCACUGAAAGCUAAAGUGGAAGCUCUGGAAAACCUGAUGAAGAAAGCAAGCACAAAGGUGAUAUUCAGUGUGGCAGUGGGAGAAGAGGGAGUCAUUGGACCAGUUGACACAAACACAACUUUAAUAUAUGAAAGAGUUUUAACAAAUAUUGGGGACGCCUACAAUACAUCCUCAGGUAUCUUCACUGCACCAGUGGCAGGUGUUUAUUACUUCACCUUCUUCUAUCACGCUGGAGGAGAAUAUGACUCAAAGCUGGUUCUCUACAAGAACCAUGAGCUAGUUGUCCUGACCCAAGAUCACCCUUCAAAGUCAGACACAGCUGAUAACGGAGGGAACGCCGUGUUCCUGCAGCUGCAACAAGGGGAUCAGAUGUUUGUUAAAAUGGAAUACGACACACAUGUUUAUGGAUCUGAUUAUCACACAACAUUCAGUGGAUUUCUGGUGACUCAAAUGUAAAAACAAAUGGUCAGAAUAACAUUUUUUUAGAAUUGAUAUUUAGGUACAUCGUGGACUGUUUGAGUGACAUGAAUGUAAAAGUGCAACAGGUUUUAACAUACCCACGAAGAAGAUAUAAAGAAAAUUUAAUUGUGAAUUUGUCAAAUCUUGUUAUACCUGUUUUAUGUUUCCUUUGAGAUACCAAGAUGGAGAAUAUCUUAUUUAACCAAAAGCCUAAAUUUGUGACCACCUGUAAUAAUAUUGUAAUAACAUUUUGAACAUUAUUAAAUAUAAAUAAACUAAUGAAAGAGAUAAACGAA